CUGCUGCGCGCGGACACAGAUAGACGCAGCUCCGCGCGAGACGCACGCGAGAGCUGUCUUUGAUUUGCCGCUCCGGUCACCUGCAGACUGGGAGCCGAGCGCGAGACCGUUUGGAUUUGGGAAAACAACUUUUGGGACAAAGCUGAGAAAUUCUGGAAUGAGAAACACAACUGUUGUUGACAGAGGAAUUCCCUAAAGAGAUCAAAGAGGAGCGGCGGAUCGUUUGACGUUGGAAAAAUGUGAAAACUGAGUGAAUCCAUUCAGGAUUUUCUCUACCUGUUUUAUUCGCUGACAGUCGGAACUAUAAAGGGGGCGGUCAGAACUCUUGUCCGAGUUUUGCCUGAGUGAGGCUAAUUUGUGUUUUGUUUUUUAUUUUUUAAGAGGUAUUUGUAGCGAUGCUUUUGUGUGGACUGUCCCCGCGCGCAGAGCUUUGACCACUGACGGCGGCAUGCAUCAAAGGGACCGCUAACUUACUCAAGGUUUUUGUGAAUCUCGAGGAGACCGAUGCAGCCAUGGAACAAUCACUGGAUCUUUGAACGUGACAUUCCCCUCUUAUCCUUCCUCUUGCUACUCUCCAUCCUGUGUCCUAUAGUGCUGGAGGUGAACAUCUCAACACAUCAGCUGACUCAAAGACUAAAACGUUCUUCCUCCUGCCUCCAAACCAUGACCGCUGUUGCGUCUCGGCCAUGCGGCCGGUGGAGAUGGCCUCUCCCAGUGCUCAUGUUGUAUUCUGCCUCUCUGCUACUCAUGGAGGGUCGGUGUUACGCAGCCCCUUCAGGCCCGGAGACAGAUUCUUGCUCUACCUUAGUGCAGGACCGCUUCUUUGGCUCCUUCCUGUCAUCAACGGUAUUCCCUAUGGUGCCUUGUUCCUGGACGCUGCAGAACCCAGAUCCACGUCGCUACACUGUCUUCAUCAAGAUGAUCAAACCCACUGAGGACUGUAUCCCAUCACAGCUCCGCACUUUCCAGUUCGACUCCUUCCUGGAGACUACACGUACCUACCUUGGCAUGGAGAGUUUUGAUGAAGUGGUGAGACUGUGCGAUAGAUCUGCCUCAGUGGCUUUCCUGGAGGCUGGGAAGCAGUUCCUUCAAAUAAGGAAGGCACAUUCUCGUACAAGUGGAGUCAUAAAGGAGGGCGAUGGGGAGUUUACAACAGAGUACCUGGUGGUAGGAAAGAGAAACCCCAGCAUGGCAGCCUGUCAGAUGUUGUGUCAGUGGCUGGAGGACUGUCUAGCUUCCAGCACAUCUAACAGGCCCUGUGGCAUAAUGCAGAUGCCAUGUCUGUGCUGGGAGGCACCGCCACAGCUGAGGGAGGGUGAUAGCUGUUACCACAGUGGAGUUUACCUGGAGAACUGUCUGCCCAGUGUGAAAAAGAGCAGAAAAGACACAGAGAUAAAUGGUGGUUGGAGUGUGUGGGACAAGUGGGCAGAGUGCAGCCGCGAAUGUGGAGGUGGAAUUCAAAUUAGAACUCGGACCUGUCAGUCACCUCCAGAAGAGUCGUACCUGUGUGAAGGAGUGCUGGAGGAGGGUCGGCCCUGCAAUCUACAACCUUGUACUGGCAAAGGUCGCCACCACUCUCGCAGCCAAUCCCUUCGCUCAGUGGACAGCCCCAAGCAUGAUGACGUAGACAAGCCCCGCAAUGGACAACAGAGCCCUCAGACAGUAGACUCAGCUUCAGGUGAGGAGUGGUCAGCGUGGAGUGUGUGUUCUGCCACAUGUGGGGAGGGCUGGCAGAGUCGCACUCGUUUCUGUGUGUUCUCCUCCUACAGCACUCAGUGCAGUGGGCCACUGCGAGAACAGAGACCAUGCAACAACUCUGCUAUUUGUCCAGUGCACGGUGUUUGGGACGAGUGGUCACCUUGGAGUUUGUGUUCAUCAACCUGUGGUCGAGGUUACAGGGAUCGAACACGAACAUGCAAACCCCCACAGUUUGGAGGAGAUGACUGUGAUGGACCAAGUCAACAGACAAAAUUCUGCAACAUUGCAGUCUGUCCAGUGGAUGGAGUGUGGAAUGAGUGGUCCAGUUGGAGCUCCUGUUCUACCUCCUGCUCAAAUGGUACCAUGCAGCGCACAAGGGAAUGCAAUGGGCCAUCAUAUGGAGGGUCAGAAUGCAGAGGGGAGUGGCUGGAAACUGUUGACUGCUUUCUUGGAGACUGUCCUGUGGAUGGCAAGUGGCAGCCCUGGUCCUUGUGGUCAGGUUGUACCAAGACAUGUGGUGGGGGCAGCCAACAAAGAAAAAGGAUUUGUUAUGGGCCCUUUUUUGGAGGUCAGUCCUGUCCUGGAGACCGUGAGGAAGUCCGCAGCUGCAAUGAAAAGAGAUGCCCAGAACCUCAUGAAAUCUGUGGUGAAGACAACUUUUCCAAUGUUGUGUGGAAGAUGACUCCAGCCGGGGACACAGCAGCAGUUCGCUGUCCUCCCAAUGCUAUGGGGCUUAUCCUGCGCCGAUGCACCCUGGAUGAGGAGGGAAUUGCCUACUGGGAGAAUCCCACCUAUAUGAAAUGCAUUUCCAAUGACUAUCGCAGUAUUCAAACUUUGACUCGAGAACAUUUAUCUAAAGCACAGCGUGGCCUUGUGGGAGAUGGCGUUUCAGAGGUGAUGACCAAACUGAGGGUAACAUCGAGUGAUGGCACCAGCUACAGUGGCGACCUACUGGCUAUAGUGGAUGUGCUGAAGAACAUGACUGAGAUCUUUAGGAGAGCUUACUACAGUCCCAGCAGUGCAGACUUGAAGAACUUUGUGCAGUCAGUCAGCAAUCUGUUGAUGGAGGAGAACAGAGACAGAUGGGAAGAAGCACAACUGCUGGGGCCAAACAUCAAAGAGCUGUUCCGUGUGGUUGAGGACUUUGUGGAUGUCAUUGGGUUGAGGAUGAAGGAUUUCCAAGACCUGCACGAGGACACCGAUAACCUAGUUUUGAGUAUCCACAAGCGUCCAGUGGUGGGUCAUGCUGACAUCAAUUUCCCGAUGAAGGGUUGGAGGGGCAUGGUGGACUGGGCCCGCAGCUCAGAGGACAGAGUCACCAUCCCUAAGAACAUCUUGUCGACUGGCAAGCCAGAUUCCGGCGACUCCUCUGCGUUUGUAACUGGCAUUGUUCUGUACAGAAACCUUGGCAGUAUUCUGUCUUUGCAGAGGAACAGCACUGUCCUCAACUCCAAGGUUUUGUCAGUGACCAUCAAACCGACGCCUGCUUCCCUAUCUGCUCCUGUUAUAGUCGACUUCUCUCACCUCUACAACGGCACCACCAACCAGACCUGUAUAUCCUGGGAUGAGAGUGACAGCGCCUCUCUGCUGGGAUCCUGGUCUGCCAGAGGCUGCAGAGCCGUGCUAGUCGACUCCAUCCGAACCAAAUGCGUGUGUGACCGACUGUCCACCUUCGCCAUUUUAGCGCGGCUCAAUCCAGACACGAACAUGGAUAAAACACAGCUCCCAUCUGUGACACUGAUCGUGGGCUGUGGAGUGUCCUCGUUGACGCUGCUGCUGCUCAUCAUUAUCUACGUGUCUGUCUGGAGGUACAUUCGGUCGGAGCGCUCAGUUAUCCUCAUUAACUUCUGCCUCUCCAUCAUCUCCUCCAAUGCCCUUAUUCUUAUUGGACAGACACAGACAAGAAAUAAGAUCUUAUGCACGCUGAUAGCAGCGUUUCUUCACUUCUUCUUCCUCUCCUCAUUCUGUUGGGUUCUGACGGAGGCGUGGCAGUCUUACAUGGCAGUGACUGGCCGCCUCAGGAAUCGCAUCAUACGCAAACGCUUCCUGUGCCUCGGCUGGGGUCUCCCUGCACUAGUCGUGGCGAUCUCAGUGGGAUUCACAAAGGCAAAAGGAUAUGGCACACCAAGCUACUGCUGGCUGUCUCUGGAAGGAGGUCUUCUCUAUGCAUUUGUUGGACCUGCAGCAGCUGUUGUCUUGGUUAACAUGGUUAUCGGGAUUCUCGUUUUUAACAAACUGGUGUCCAAAGACGGCAUUACUGAUAUGAAACUAAAGGAGAGGGCGGGUCAGAUGACAGUGCCACUGUACAAUAUGACGCUCAAAUGUGCCAAGUGCGGAGUUAUCUCUUCGGCUGACGUUUCCACCACAGCUACCAGUAACGCCAUGGCGUCACUGUGGAGCUCCUGUGUGGUUUUGCCCCUCCUGGCCCUCACAUGGAUGUCAGCCGUUCUUGCCAUCACGGACCGGCGCUCUGCGCUCUUCCAGAUCCUCUUUGCUGUUUUUGAUUCACUAGAAGGCUUCGUUAUUGUGAUGGUGCACUGUAUUCUGCGCAGAGAGGUUCAGGAGGCAGUGAAGUGCCGUGUGGUGGACCGCCAAGAGGAUACCAAUGGAGAUUCAGGAGGAUCUUUCCAGAAUGGCCACGCUCAACUCAUGACUGACUUUGAGAAAGAUGUGGAUAUGGCUUGCAGAUCAGGCAAUGUGAAGCGCUCAUCUCUCCAGGGGGAGGAGAAGGCCUCCUCUGGGACCCACACUCAUCAGAAGGGCUCAAACUUUAACACCAUGCCAGCCAGCAUGGCCAAGGUUCACCUGCAGAACGUGGCUGAUUACACCAGCCACACCCUGACGCUGCGCAGGGAGAAGGGUGCCACCAAGGAGAUCAGCACUGAGCUGCCAGGUGCCAAAUCCAUCUACAUAUGCGAUGGUGAGCUCUUUAAGCAGCUGGAUGGAGAGCUGCCUCGAGGGAGCGGGGAGGGCAGCACCACUGACAGCACCAGUAAAGGCCAGGGAUACAUUAUUCUCCCAACUAAUAACACAGGAAAUAAACCCAGCAAGGGAAAAGAGGACCAAGCCACCAAGUACAACAUCGGCAUCGAGCAGCUGCCCCAGACCAGGCUCAUCCACUUGGCUACUGCCAGUGGCGAGGCAGGAUUUGGGCUGAAGAGCCUCCCUGCUGACCAGGUCAGUGUGUCGUGCUCAGAGAGAGAUUCACCAGCGCACAAGCUGCAGAAUAUGGCCAAAGACUCACAAGUGGCCACCAACCUGGGUGACGGUGCAGAAUCUGGGAACGCCGGUGUGAUAUCCAAAAGUGAGACCAUCUCCACACUGUCCAUGAGCUCACUGGAGAGACGAAAAUCACGCUAUGCAGAGCUUGACUUUGAGAAGAUAAUGCACACCCGGAAACGCCACCAGGACAUGUUUCAGGACCUGAACAGGAAGAUUCACAGUGCAGACAAGGAUAGAGACUCUCCACCUGUUGACGCCAAAGAUGCCAAAAGAUGGAGUGUGUCCUCAGCCAGCAGCGACAAGACCAACAUGAGUGACAAGCAGCAGACCCCGAGUAAGAGAGCCUGGGAAGGCAUUAGAAAGACCCACUCCCCUCCAUCCUGGGUGAGGAAGGACUUGGAAAAGGUGGUAGCGUCCCCUCUGGAGAUGCAGACAGUGGAGUGGGAGAAGACCAGUGCCACCAUUCCUCUGGUGGGUCAGGAGAUCAUGGACCUGCAGACGGAGGUGUGAUGGCGGCUGCAGGCUCACAUCCAACACCUUUUUAAUCACAAGCGUCAGUCAAACAGCAGACACAUCACACACACUGCCCUGCUCUAUUUCCACAUUGUGACACCAACACUGAACAGUGAGAGAGAGAGAGAGAGAGAUGAAACAAGGAGAGAGAUGGAUAACUGUUAAAAUAUCAGAAAAAGACCAAAACAAAUCAAACCAAUUAAGAACAUAUAGGGACAUAAUGUCUCUUCCUGUGUCGUUUCCUUUGAUGUAGGGGCAGCGUUUUCCUCAACAAAUUCUGUCCAAAACACUCAAAACUGCUCAUCUUCUUCUGUGUGGUCUUGGAUACAAAACUGGUUGAUGUGGGACUGGGAUGGGUCUGCUGGAUGCUCAUUGUACUGUUGUGUAAUAAACAGAAUAGCAAAGGUGUUUAUCCUUGUAAUAAAUGGUUGCUAUGUAAUAAUAAUCAUUAUUGUUGCAUCACUGUUCCAUUCUCUAUUUGCCUCUAUGAACACUGAUGCCUCGAAGAUCAGAAAUUGGUGAACUAAUUUAUUCCACGCCAUCAAUCAUGAAGUGAGAACCAGACGAGGCAUAAAGUGUGGUGACAAAGAAGGCGGCUGUCACUCCCUUCCCCCCCCCAAAGUUCUAUGCCUCAGGCACAAUUGUUCCUAAACUGGGGCCAGACUGGCCCUGCCACCGCAAAACGCCUAUGUGCGACAAAAAUUCAAGCUGCCCUCUCAUCAGCGUACAGAGCAGGUCAGCUAAAAGGUCAAAGCCACCACAAGAGAAACAGCAUUGAUGCCAUCAUCAGUCAUCCAGAAGGAACCACGAUGAAAAACUGGAUUGUUAUGUACAAGCAGGCUUGGUACAGUCACUGCAGACUUUUGAAGAUACUAAAGGUAUUUUCAGUGUGUGUGUGUGCGUGUGACAGAUAUACUGUACAUGAUGUGAUUGACAUUGCAUCUCAUAUAUAUAUAUAUAUAUAUAUAUAUAUAUAUAUAUAUAUAUAUAUAUAUAUAUAUAUAUAUAUAUAUAUAUAUAUAUAUAUAUAUAUAUAUAUAUAUAUAGGCGGGGUUCUAUCAAAGGGAAGACGGCUGCACACAGUGAAAGCACAAGGCUCAUUCUGAGUCCUGAUGUACAGCAUUGUAAUUAUUUCAACAGAGAUCUACAGAAUGGAUUUUAGCCUAUAAAUAUCUUUCUUACUGUGCUUGGGGAUCGUUGUUAUCAUUAUUAUAAUAUUAACAUGAUUAUUCUGAUACUCAGCCCCACCUCCAUCCCCUUCCCCUGUCCUUUCAGGGUACUGGACUACACAAGUGUUCUGUAUGCAGUGUAACAGUGUGUGUUUUGAUAUCACCACCUGUCACUCCCUCAGAUAUGUACUUGUCAAGACUGCUGACCUCGAUACCCUACCACACCCACCCAUCCUAGUUUCCCACAGUCCCUCUUUUUAUUUAACAACGGGGUCACCUCUUUGUUAAUGUACAGUUUUCAGAGCACAAAAUGAAUGUGUCUUAUUUCUAAUAAAAGUAUAUCUAUAUAAUG